GUGCUCUGGCAAAAUAAAUAAAUAAAUAAAAGUAGUUAGCCAGAAGUUUCCCUGGAGACAUAGUACUGUAUGCGGUAUAACGGGGGAAAUGUGGCUAGUGUGUACAGCAAAGCAAAUGCUUUCCCCACUGAGCUGUCUCACCACAUGCCCUUUCUUUUUUUUAUUCUUUGUUUCUUUUUUUUUUUUUUUUUUUUAACCGGAAGUAGUACUGUUCAGCUCUGGCUUAUGGUGGUGGUGCAGGGGAUUGAACCUGUGACUUUGGAGCCUCAGGCAUGAGAAUCUGUUUGCAUAACCAUCAUGCUAUCUACACAUCCACACCACAUGCUGUUUCUUUCUUUCUUUUCACAGUGUCCUCUAAUUUUUCAUUGUACGGAGCUGUCACCUCUCAACACUUGCAAAUGGCCCCACCUCAACAGCCUUAUUUAACUGAGGAGAAAACCAGGGUGCAAAGAGCCAUCUUGAGAUGCCAGACCACUGGGUCUCUCUACUCCGGCAUGUGCCUGAUCCUGUUCGUGUUUGUGGCGUGCAUACUCUUGUAUGGGCACCAGUACCUGGCUCAAGUGUCAGUGCCUUGGAUCUAUCCAGCCGCCAAGGUCCUAUUCUCCAGACAACUGGCUCAGGAGGGCAUGUUCACCAUCAACUCCAGAGGUCGUCUGGGGAACCAGAUGGGGCAAUAUGCCACACUGUACGCACUGGCCAAGAUGAAUGGGCGUCCAGCCUUCAUCCUGCCCCAGACGCACAACUUCCUAGCCCCCCUCUUCAGAAUCAGCCUCCCCGUCCUGCACAACACCACAAUCAACCAGAUCCCAUGGAACAACUAUAAACUGAACGACUGGAUGGAGGAGCAGUACCGCCACAUCCCAGGGCAGUAUGUGCGCCUGAUAGACUUCCCCUGUUCCUGGACCUUCUACCACCACCUGCGCCAGGAGAUCCUGCAUGAGUUCACUCUGCACGACCACUUGAGGGAGGAGGCCCAGAGGCUGCUGCGAGGCCUGAUGGUGAACGGGAGCCAACCCAGCACCUUUGUGGGGGUGCAUGUGCGCAGGGGAGACUAUGUCUACCUCAUGCCCAAAGUCUGGAAGGGCGUGGUGGCUGACAGGGGCUACCUGCAGCAGGCCCUGGCCUGGUUCCGCACUCACCACAGCUCCCCUCUGUUCGUGGUGACCAGCAAUGACAUGGCCUGGUGCCGAGACAACAUUGAUGCCUCCCGUGGGGAUGUGGUGUUUGCUGGCAAUGGCCUGGAGGGCUCUCCCGGCAGGGACUUUGCGUUGCUCAUGCAGUGUAACCACACCAUCAUGACCAUAGGGACCUUUGGGUUCUGGGCAGGCUACCUCACAGGGGGACAGACCAUCUACCUGGCCAAUUACACCCUUCCAAAGUCUGCCUUUCACAAAUUCUUUAAGUACAAGGCCAUGUUCCUGCCGGAAUGGAUUGGCAUCCCGGCAGACUUAUCACCACUCCUCAAGCACUGAUUGCAUCUUUUUCCUCUCCGCUGGCUGCCCCAGGGCACCAGGAAGUUAUGGUGACAAGGCUCAGGACCAUUUCUUUUAUUUCAGGAUGCUUUAGGCUGCAAGUAACGCAAGUCCCAGCUUUUCUCAUUAAAUAGAGCUUUCGUGAGA